CUCUUAGUUGCUCUUAACCACCAACGUCGUAACGAGACAGAAAACUCGAAAAAUGUCGUUUUUCGGGUUCGAUACAACCCUUCCAAAGGAGGCGUUGUUUCCUAAAGAUGGAGCACACGAUGAAGAAGGAAUUGAUUUUGAAGAAACGUACGACGACUUAGCAGACCGAUUAGUAGAGGAGGGAGACGAUUUGAAUGACGAAACCUUUGGUGUUAGCGCCGGAAAUAUUGGUCGGGACUUUGAUUUUUUCAAUCAAACUGCGCAGGCUUCUAGCAAACUGGAAGAUGAACAGGAGGACGAUUACAAAAGUCCCAUGGACAAGAUCAUUAGUGAAACCACGCAAGCUUCUUCCCUUCCUCAAGUCAAUCCAGUUGCUGCUUCUGGAGAAAGGAAUGUCGAGGAAACUGUUGAUACUUCAGUCAAUACUAAUAUGCUUUCGGAUUUGAGACCCAUGGCAUCUAUAUGGGACAACAUUGUACCUGAGAAGCCUAUUGUUCAACCAGCCCCUCCGGAGGUUUCUGGGUUUCAAAAUCGACUGGGUGCGCAAACCAACGAAAAAGUUUUCAGCUUGCAAGAGCUUGAGGAACAGUUAUUCAAUUCCCUUAAUGCGCCGGGUCCUAAACCGCAACAACCUGUUGCUUCAGCGAUGCCUGCUGUUACCCCUGUGGCUCCUCAAACCGUUCAGGUUCCCCCUCCUUCUACUUUGACCCAUGAUACUUUUGCAGCUCUCGAUCCUGCUGUUGCCAGUAUAGGAAAUGUAUCGUUCCCCAUUCAACAAUCGAAUGUUGCAAAUCCUGGCUUGCCCUUACCUCCUAUGAUGCAGCCUUCGCAAUUAUUCGCAAAUCCCAACGUUCCUCCACCUCAAGUACCCCCCGUUCCAUAUCCCACUAAUAUGGUGUAUGGUGCCGAAUCAGUACCUCCUGUUCCACUUUUGAACCUUUUUCAACAAGAGGAAUUUGCUCAAGCUAGAAGCUUGGAUGAAAAGCGCCAGAAAUUGGAAAGAGAUCAUAUGCUCAUGGCACAAUGUGCCGGUUUGAUGACUCGCAGUGAUAAGUCUUUCAUUGCUCGUAUUCAGAUAUCCCAACUGAUGUCUGAAGAUCCCGAAUCGGAUGAUUUUUACUACCGAGUUUAUUCUAUAAUUCGUGGUCGUAAUCCCUCUGAAGAGGAUUCUAGUCACUUUAUCCAAACGUACUUGGGUCCCAGUAGCAACCGUCGUCGCGGACGACGUUCAGAAAACCCCAUGCAAAGAUUGCAGCAGCAAUUGCAAAAAUUGGUUUAUUCCGCCAAGGAGCGCCCUAAAACUACUCAGCUAUCCCUCGAGGGCGCUUUAGGUAAAAUAGCUAUAAACACUGUCCGUACCCCUCGACAACUUUUAAAUGUGAAACGCCCUUCUGAACAAACAAUCAACGCCAAAGAAACCACUUUCAAAGGGUUUGCUACAAAAAAGGAUGUUUUACAAGCAAUUGAGAGGAUUUAUGAUUGGUUGCUUGAUUUUGAACAAUCUCUCCGAAAAUUAUCUGUUUCUAAUAUUGAGGAUGAAGAGACAUUUAAUGAAUGGAAAAGUAAUCUUAACCUAAAAUUGGAAAGUAUUUGGAAUGUCCUUCAUAUCAAUGAGUCAUUAGACGACGCUUCCAAGGCUCGUCCACCAUUUUUGUCUGUUAUUUCUCAUCCUAAAGGAAUGCGUCUUCUCCCACGAUUGUUACCUCACCUUUCGAAAGAUCAACAAUUUGCUAUUCUCACUGUAAUCGUUUGCAACGUUGAUUCUCUUAAUAUCGUUUUAAAGGGAACUUUUGAUGUAAAUGGCGAGUUACCUGCCGGUAUUGCGACAGAAAUGAAUGCAUUUACUCAAUUUGUUAUCCCUUCAUUACUUACGAUUGUGAAUGAGCUGGGUAUGUCAAACGUUAAUACCUUAUUUUCUCAGCUCCUUGGAAGAUCCAAUGCAUUAUACCUAAUUCAAACCAAAAUUGGACUGUCGUUUUUAACUAUGCUAAUAAGCCGUGCUGAAAUUCUUAAGCAAACCGGAUCGUGUACUGAAGAAGACAAAGAAAACUGGGAGAUGAUAUUUAAUGGUUUAUUUGACCGUCUUAAAGACCAUUUUGCGACUGUUUUUCCUCCGCCUAAUGCUCGUGCUUAUGCUGAUGAAUCGUAUCCUUGGGAAUUUUUGGCUGCUUGUGCUACUGCUGCUUCUUCUGAUCAACAUUUCGUUUUGGUUUCUGAAACGAGAGAUAGAGUCCUCGAUAAUAUUAUUACAAGCAAGCGAGCUCCUGAAGAGAUUGCCGUCGUACGUAUUGCGAAUGUUAAUCUAUUUUUGAACGCCAUGGGUCUGGAUGCUCGUCAAUUGAGUGCCUAAACAAUUAAUUUAUGGAUAUGAAUCGUUGUGAAUUAUGAAUGGAAGGUGUUUUUAUCAUUAUGCUACGUGUUAUCAUCGCUUUCUUUGAGCAAAUCUAUGCUACCAAAAUUAUAUGAAUAUUGGUUUGAAUUAUUUUUUGGUAAAGCCCCUAGAAAUUACCAUAGAUGUAUGUAAAUAAAAGUGAGAGAUUGUAACAAACAAUGAAGGAAAAAGAUAAAAAACACACUGUAUCAAUAAUUAAUAUAUCCGAGCGUCAA